GUGCACGCGCGUGUAUCACCCGAAAGGGUGAUGAAUGCGUGCUUACUACCGGCGCUCUUACAUACAUUCAUAUAUACAUAUAUAUAUAUAUACACAUACCCACCGCUGUUUGACAAUCGUGCGACGAAGACAGAAAACACGAGUGCUCGUGUUCCUAGAAAAAGGAGAACAAAUUCGGCGGACUACAGACAGUACACAGUAGUAAGUGUUGCCGCACCGCCAUAUUGAAUUACUCUCGUUGAUUUUUGUGCGAAGGUGGCGCGUGUUUUUCUCAUCCUUGUGAUUUUUAAUAAUCUCAUAUUUAUCUCUCCCACUAGACAACAUUACCCCCCAAUAAAUAAAUAAAUAAUUAAUUAAAUACGUAAUCAACAAAUGUGAACAAAAUCAUAUUAUUUAUAUAUUAUAUUCAGAAAAUAUAUGAGAAAAUGCCGCGAUUUAAAGACAUCGUGAGAACGUGUAAAAAUAGUGCGUGCUCAAGUAGUAAACGGUCAAGUGUGUGAUGUUGGUCAUUGUCCCCCGUUUAUUAUUUAAUUAAAAAAAAAAAAAAAAAAAAAAAAAACACUGAAGAGAAUGAAAAAAAAAACAUAUGUGUAAAUAUAUGAAAUAUGUUUUCCGAACCUGAGUAUUUAAUUACUGAAUUUUAAAUGAAUAUUUAAUUUAUCAAUUGCACCGGGUCUGUAUAAUAAAUUUCCUGUAAUCGAUAAAAAUUAUUAACAACUGAUAAAUUAUUGAGGGCAGUGACAUCUAGAGAAAUGGAAGCUAUGGAUUUAGAUGGAGAUUCUGUUGUUGACUUGAGUGUCAGUAGCGUAAGACGAGAGUCGUCUUCGGCCUCAAGUAAUCUCAGUGGAGAUCCUGGUGUACCAUUGAAUCUGGGUAUUAAUUAUUCAUCGAAUGCUAAUAAUAAUUCGGAUAAUAAUAUACUAGAGCCGAGAAAUAUUCAAAAUUCUUCCCGCGGUAUUUUGGCUCCGAAAACUGGAGAAGACAGAAGACCGAGACGCAUUCUGAGACCUAGGACUGAAAAAAGUUAUGCGGAGAGUCCUGAUGAGCCCCGGAUUAAUGGAUAUAUUAAUGGGAAUAAUUCAGACAGUGAUGAAGGUGAAAUGCCACCUCUAUUACCAAUUAAAGAAUUGUCCUCGGAUGAAUUGGCGGAGCGCGAAAAAAAUUUGAGGAAACUUAAAGAAGAUUUGAGAUCUGAGGAAAUGAAAUUGGUGUUACUGAAAAAAAUAAAACAGUCGCAACAGCUCAAAGAAAACAUCGCGGCAAUACCACCUAAGGUUGCUAAUAAAAUACCUCCACCUGUAACAGUUCAACCGGUAGCUCACAGUCACAGAAUAACUAAAGCACCGCCACCUUUGCUCCGGGGUCAGCCGGCACCAAGUCGCAGCAGUAGUUUACAUGCUCCACCUCCGGGAAUGCUUUUGCCGCCAAAUGCUGGACGAAGUCCUACGUCGAGUACGGGAAUGCCGCCGAAUAUGGUGAUACCACAACCACCGCAUCCACGAACUCGGCCUCCUAGUGUCACUGGAAAUGUACCAACGUAUCACGCGCCACCUGACAGAACUGAACGAUCCACUAAAGACCCGACACCUGUACCCGCGCACCAGGAAAGGCCGAGAGAGGACAGUCAGAGGCCAGCCCAGCGUCAAGCAGCGGCAAAGUUAGCAUUGAGAAAUCAGUUGGAAAAAACAUUGCUGCAGAUACCGCCACCAAAACCACCACCUCCGGAGAUGCACUUCGUUCCCAAUCCUUCAAACACAGAAUUUAUUUAUCUUGUUGGAUUGGAGCAUGUCGUUGACUUUAUCACUAAGGAACCGGCCAUACCACCACCACCAGAACCCUUCGAGUGCACCCAGUGUAAGACUGAUUUUACGCCUGUAUGGAAGUGGGAAAAACCUGCGACGAACGGGAAAAAAGAAGGACCACGUGGACAGCACGCGACAUUCCUACGACCUCCCGCUGGACGUGAUCCUAGAGUUAUUUGCGAGCAUUGCGUUACUACGAAUGUUAAGAAAGCGCUUAAAGCUGAACAUACUAAUCGACUAAAAACAGCUUUUGUAAAAGCACUACAGCAAGAACAUGAAAUGGAACAAAAAUUAGCCCAAGCGGCAAGUCCGAGUCCCGAUCCACCAGCACCAAAACCGGUUCCAAAGGCUGUAACACCAACAAGACGAGUAGCAACACCACCAGCACCUCAACCAUCAGUUCAACAAGUUCCUCCACCAGCCCCAACUCCACCCACACCAAAACUUCAAGACCAUCCUCUAGUAAAACUCGCCGAAAGCGGUAAAUUUUCUCCCCAUCACGCAGCAGCGGCUGCUGCGCUCCAGCAACAAUUGAUAAGAGGUAAUGAUUUUUUAUCUCAUAGUUUAUUAAUGAAUCGUGUAUCUUACCCCUUUUUAAAAGUAUUGAAUUACUCCGCAGAAUUGACCAAGUCUCAAGUACCAGGAUUACCACAGCAUCAGCCACUACCAGCUCACAUGAUGCCGCAGUUUAAUCCCCUUCUGUAUCCUUAUCAGCUUGCGAUGGCUCAAGCUGCUGGAAGUAAAGGAAUGGUCGAGUUGCAACGUCAAGCUGCCGACUUACAACGUCAAUAUCUACUUGACAUGAUACCUUCCCAAGCAUCUCAAGGUCAAGGCAAUCAAGCGCCAUCACGAGCACACCCUCACAAUUGGAAAACGUAACCGAGUGCAUAGCAAGAAGCUCGAGAUUCAAGGGCCAGAAAGCACAAGUGAAAAAAUAUUAAAUAAUGUCGCCUUGAAGCAGCUUCAAUAAAUAUAAAUAUAUAAAUAAUUAAUAAUAAUAAUAAUAAUAUUUAAAAAAUAAAACAAAAACGAAACUGAUGGAAACUGCUCAAGAUAAUCCACACACCAAAGGACACGCAGUAUAUCUUAUAAUUUGUGUGCUUGUAUCGGACACUGUGACGAUAGAUAAUUAAAUGGCCAGUGAGUGUUUGUUAUUUUGUCAUCAACAUGCUGGAGAAAAAGAAAAGGUUAUUAAUUAUUAUCUUAAACACUCGUUAUAUUUUUUACUUAAGUACUGACAGUACCAGGCCCUUGACGAGCUUCAAGGUAUAGCGAUAACUAAAUAAUAUUAUUAAUUAUUAUUAUUAUUAAUAAUAAUAUUCUCCCAUUAACGAUAAUUGUUUUUGGUUGAGAAUAAAUAUUACAAGUGAACAACUGGCGUUUAAAAUAAUAAAUCUUUUAAAAUAAAUUUUUUUAAGCACUUCAA